AUGGGAGCAUUUUGCAACGAGGAGUUGCCGUUUUCAUCAAAUUACAGUUUCGCGAGCUCUCAAGAUCUGCGACUCUCCAAGCACGUCCAUGACAAUGUCCAUAGCAGCAUCUAUCUCGAUCCGCUAGUCUUGAAAUUCAUUGACACCGAGCAGUUUCAGAGGCUGCGUGAUCUUAAGCAACUAGGGAUGGCCCACAUGGUGUAUCCAGGAGCUGUACAUACUAGAUUUGAGCAUUCUCUUGGAGUUUACUGGCUGGCUGGUGAAGUGGUUCAUAGGCUUAAAGUCCAACAAGGGUUGGAGCUUGGUAUCGAUCAGUUUGAUAUGCAAACUGUGAAACUUGCAGGGCUUCUGCAUGACAUAGGUCAUGGGCCUUAUAGUCAUUUGUUUGAGCGUGAGUUUCUUCCCAAGGUUCUCAAUUCACCUGAAUGGUCUCAUGAGCAAAUGUCAGUAGAGAUGGUGGAUCACAUUGUCGAUGAACAUCACAUUGAUAUUGAUAAUGAUACCAUGAGCAGAGUCAAGGAAAUGAUACUUGCAAGUUCAAAAUAUGCUAUGAUCAAAAGCUCAAAGGAAAAGCGUUUUCUGUAUGAUAUUGUGGCAAAUGGUCGAAAUGGCAUUGAUGUUGACAAGUUUGAUUACAUUAUCCGCGACUCCCGAGCCUGUGGUGUGGGAUGCAACUUUGAGUAUACAAGGUUAAUGCAGAGUAUGAGGGUUAUGGAAGAUGAAAUAUGCUAUCGGUACAAAGAACAUCGGACCAUCCACAAGUUGUUUGCCACACGUGCUGAUUUGUACAGAACCGUUUAUACUCAUGCAAAAGUAAAGGCUAUAGAGCUGAUGGUUGUAGAUGCAUUAGUCAGUGCAAAUAAUUAUCUGCAAAUAGCAUCUCACAUACAGGAUCCUUCACAAUAUUGGAAGUUAGAUGACACUAUUAUCAAGACCAUCGAGACAGCACCUGACGAAGAACUCAAGGAAGCUAGGGACUUGAUUUUGCGGAUUCGCAGAAGAGAUCUAUACCAGUUUUGUAACGAGUAUGCUGUUCCAAAAGACAAAUUGGAGAAUUUUAAGAAUGUCACUGCGCAAGAUAUCGUUUGCUCACAGAAAAACGGUGGAGUCGCACUAAGAGAAGAGGAUGUCGUGGUUAGCAAUGUUCGGAUUGAUUUGACUCGUGGGAGGCAUAAUCCUCUUGAAAGGUGCUUAUCCCAUGAUUACGAUAGUGAGGAUAAGUUCUCCAUAACCGAUGAUCGCGUGAGCCACCUUCUUCCGACAUCUUACCAGGACAUGAUUGUGCGAGUGUACUCUAAAAGUCCCGAACUGAUUGGAGCGAUUUCUGAUGCUUUCGAGAAUUUUCAGUUGAAGACAUACGGGAUCAAAGCACAAACAGCGACAGCUGCUGCUCGUCUUCCCCUUCACUUCACUUUAACAGUGAAAUUGACAAACUCACUGACUGUCGAGCGGCCGGAGAUGGCGGCGGAUAUCGGUGUCGGCGGCGGCGAUGAUAGCUACGUGAGGGCGGAUCGGAUAGAUUUGAAGAGCCUCGACGAGCAGCUUCACCGGAAGCAUCUCAGCCGAGCUCUUACAUUAGAGAAGAAGAAACAAGAAGAAAAUAGAGAAAAUCAACGAGAGGAGGAGAUGAGGGAGAUUCCGGUCAGGCAUGCGUGGGAAAUCGACGCCUCAAAGCUCGUAAUCAAGUCCGUCAUCGCGCGUGGCUCUUUCGGGACCGUUCAUCGCGGCAUCUAUGAUGGACAAGAUGUUGCUGUAAAACUUCUGGACCGGGGUGAAGAAGGACACAGGACUCAGGCCGAAAUGGAUUCGCUUACAGCAGCUUUUGCCCAAGAAGUUUCUGUAUGGCACAAGCUUAAUCAUCCUAAUGUAACCAAGUUCAUAGGAGCUAUAAUGGGCAUGUCGGAGGUGAACAUACAGAAAGACAACAAUGGGCAUUUUGGGAUGCCGCGUAGUGUUUGUUGUGUAGUGGUUGAGUACCUAGCUGGAGGUACUCUAAAGAGUUUCCUCAUAAGGAACUGUAGAAAAAAACUCGCUCUCAAAGUUGUCAUCCAACUAGCUUUGGAUCUUGCACGAGGGUUAAGCUAUCUUCACUCCAAAAAGAUUGUACACAGGGAUGUGAAAACCGAAAACAUGCUUCUUGACAAGAAUAGGACUGUAAAAAUAGCUGAUUUUGGAGUUGCUCGUGAUGAGGCCUCGAACCCCAAUGAAAUGACCGGUGAGACUGGGACACUUGGUUACAUGGCACCCGAGGUCCUGAAUGGUAACCCUUACAAUAGGAAAUGUGAUGUCUAUAGUUUUGGUAUCUGCCUCUGGGAGAUUUAUUGCUGUGAGAUGCCUUAUCCAAACCUCAGCUUCUCCGAAUUGACUUCAGCCGUAGUUCGCCAGAAUCUGAGACCUGAGAUACCUCGGUGCUGUCCUAGCCCUCUUGCAAAUGUAAUGAAACGAUGUUGGGACCCCAUUUCUGAGAGGAGGCCCAACAUGGAAGAUGUUGUUUCCAUGUUAGAAGCCAUUGACACAACUAAAGGAGGAGGUAUGGUGACUACCGACAAGCAUCGAGGAUGUUUCAGCUUCCACAGGCAUCGAGGGCCAUGA